AUGGAAUGGCCAGACUUCCAUAAUGGCGUCGCCUCUGCGCUGGAGAUGAUCCAUGACGGCCACACGUUAGACUCUCACUGGCUCUUUCAUGGUCAAGGGCCUUCGCCCAACGCGACACAUGCUGGUUUUCUGCUCGGCAUAGGUUUGAUCGGAAAGAUCGCCGGGCUGGGAAGGGUGCACGCCUGGCGCUAUCUCAUCAACAGACACAAUCUCACCAGCGUAGGUAUCAUCCUUGGCCUCGCGGCGACAUUUGUUGGUACGCGUGAUCGCGUUGCUUUUACUCUGCUCUCAAUACAGCUUCCCUCGUUCCUCCCAAAUGACUCGGCGGCUCUCAACAUACCUUUCCAGACACAGGCAGCCGGUCUCUUGGGAGUCGGCCUGAUCUUCUUGGGCAGCAAUCAAAGGUCGAAAGUGGACACCCUCAUUCGUGACAUCGUUCCACCCGAACCCGAGAGCAGAGACAUUCAAGCUGAUUACCGAGAGGGCCAUGCGCUUGCAGCAGGUUUUGCGGUUGGCCUCAUUAUGCUCGGCAGAGCUCAGCAGGACUCGAUGGAAAGUCAAGCCGAUCAAGACAUCGUGGCAAAACUUCAGCAACUGAUGGCCGGUAUGGGGCUUGAUCAGAAUAGCACAUCAAUGCAUCGCCUACACAACAUGGGUGUUACAUCGAUCCCCGCGACGAUAGCCCUGGCUCUCAUCUUCCUGCGGAGCAAUCGUCAAGACAUUGCCAGUAGGAUCAGCAUACCUCAAUCCGCCGAGACGGUGGACACGUUGCGACCCGACUUCUUACUUGUCCGGGCACUCGCCAGAUCACUCAUCAUGUGGGAUGCCGUGCAAGACUCUGCGGAGUGGAUCUGUUCGCAGCUGCCUCCAUACAUGAGGGAUCUUAAAGUGACUCAACUGAACGCGUCACCGACGGAACAGGCUGUGCAGUUGGCAUACCUAAACAUGCGCGCAGGCCUGUGCUUUGCUAUCGGACUCAAGUAUGCCGGAACGGGCCCCGGAAGCAGAGCGGCCACCGUGCUGCAGCAAGUGGUCAACUCCAUGACGACCGAGGCUCGUGUUCGACCGGUGGGAUACUUUGGCAAGGUCCGCCUCCACGCACUGCAAGCUGGGCUAGACCUUGUCAGCUUAGCCGCUGCUAUUGUGAUGGCAGGAAGCGGAGAUCUGGGUCUGCUUGCGUCUUUGCGUGCGCGUCAUCACAACAUGAAUCUCAGCUAUGGCAACCAAAUGGCGACGCACAUGGCCAUCGGAAUGCUGUUCCUCGGUGGAGGCCGCUUUACGCUAGGCUCAUCGGACAAGGCCAUCGCUUGCCUCUUAAUUGCCUGUUUUCCUCGUUUUCCGGUCAACUCGAGCGACAAUCGAGCGCACUUGCAAGCAUUCCGGCACCUGUGGCUAUUGGCGGUCCAGUCUCGCUUGGUGAUUGCCCGUGACGUCGACACACAUCGGUCUGAGUGCAUAGCAAUCACCACUCGCACAGAGGGAGACUCUGCUGCUACGGUCAACACCCCUUCGCUGUUGCCGCCAUUG